AUGAACAAAUCAAAAGGAAUAACCCCAAAUGCAUCUGUACAAUCGUUAAAAGAGACAUUGAAGAAAGAACAUUUUUCACGAGUUCAAUGGCAAAAUCAGUACGGAAGCAAGUUUCAAAAAUUACCUGAAGAAGCCGAUUUAGAACACUCCUCUCGGAGAGAAUAUGUCACCAGCAGAAUGAAAGAGGCGUCUAAAAAACCAAGAAGAUUGCAUGUGGAUCUUGACGAGGAAGAGCUGGACCAUGAUUCUUCGGAAGAAUUUGACACCAAUGACCCAAAUUUGUUCAGUGGAUAUAGUUCUAGGUUUUGUGGAUUUCACUCACCACUUGAAUCGAGUUAUAAUACAACUACCAGUUUAGAGCAAUCCAAAAAACCUAUAGAGCUUGACAAUAAGGAUCAUUUUAGAAAGAAGCACUGGCUAAAACACUAUUUUGAAGAGAGUGCUAAAAUGCAAAAUCUUUUUAAGAGCGCAUCUGGUCCAGGAGAUAAAGCUGCCUCAUCCAAUCUUAAGAAAUAG